CCGUCACUUCCGGUCCGUUUUUACGCACCUGUCUCCUCGGCUGUGACGCCGCUGUCUGUCCUUUAAUGAAAAAUGUCUCCGGUGGAGUCAAAACACGCUCGUUCCUUCGUUAUGCGGUAGCAACGUGAGCGCGUUCGCUUCGCUCUGACACAGUAAGGCUUCGUUUCCCGGUUGACGUCAGCUAGCUCGUGAAGCCACAUGCUAGCUCGCGAAGCUGUUUGCUUGAGAAGCUAACGUUUCCAGACAUUCUCCUAGAGCCGUUAGAUAAAUACACCUCUCAGAGCGCGAGACGGCGGGUCUGCAUAUUAUAUUAUAUAUAAACCAAUUCAAUGCAUUGAAACGAGGUGGUCACCUGGAAGGGUUUUCAAUUAACCUGCGUGUCUUGUCAAGAGUUAAUUUGUGAAAUGUCGCGCCUCUUUAAUGUGUUUAAGACCAUCGGUUGUGUUGUGUAGCGUUGGUGCCCAGUUCUAUGCAGCGAAUAGGCCUUUACGACUGCAGUUCUGAUUCAUAUUAUGGCAAGAACCACUCAGCUAAGCAAAGAGAAACGACAAUUCAUCAUUACUUUGAGGCAGCAAGGUCAGUCUAUCCGGAAGAUUUCCAGAACUUUGAACGUAUCCUCAAGUGCAGUUGCGAAAACCAUCAAACGGUACCUUGAAACGGGCUCCCACGAGGACCGCCCCAGGACAGGCAAACCAAGGGUUACCUCUGCGGCCGAGGAUAACUUCAUUAGAGUCGCAGCCCUCGGAAACCGCAAAUUAAAAGCCCCUCAGAUCAGAGCCCACAUAAAUGCAUCGCAGAGUUCAAGUAGCAGACACAUCUCAACAUCCACGGUUCAGAGGAGAAUGCGAGAAUCAGACCUCCAGGAGGGUGUGAAUCGCUGCAAAGAAGCCACUGCUGAGGAGGAGGAGGAGGAGGAAGAAGAAGAGAAACAACAACAAGAGACUUUCUUGGGCAAACAAACCCAAGGAAUUGACAUUAAACCAGUGGAAAUCUCUACUUUAGUCUGAGUCCAAAUUUUCUAAGUUUUGGCCGCACCCGGCUGUAAGAAGCAGAAAAGAAUGGAGAGCUCUGUGACGGAUCCAUCGGCGCUGCCAGACCGAGUCGUGGGCCAACAACCCGCGGCGACCUCCGGUCAAGUCCCGGCCAGGUCCCCCAAGCGCCGGGGCCACCUGGCCGGGUCUCCAAGGAGACGGCGGAAGGCGACGGGGCCGCCGCGACGGGGGAGCGGUCACGGGCAGCCGCUCUGGGAGAUUGAGCGGCGCAGGUUGCCCGGCCAACGCGAGCACUCGGAGCCCUGUGGCUCGGCGAGCGACGCAGCGGAAAGCUCCCCUAAGAGGAGAGCCCACUUUCUACAUGGACCGUAUCCAGCCACUCACUUCGGACCCAAAGCCUGUAUUCUUCCCAACCCGACGUCAGUCAUGCACAUCCAGGACCCGGCCAGCCAGCGGCUCACCUGGAACAAACCGCCCGUCAAUGUGCUCGUCAUCCGAAAAAUCCGGGACGAGAGCCUCGUCGAGCCUUUCAAAGAGCUCUGCCGGUUUCUAGUGGAGGAGAAGCAGAUGAUGGUGUACGUGGAGCGCAGGGUCGCAGACGAUGCUACGCUGUCAAAGGACGAGGCCUUUGGCUCCAUCCGCAACCAGCUGUGCACCUUCAGGGAAGGUUUUGAUGAUAUCUCUGACUGCAUAGACCUGAUCAUCUGUCUGGGUGGAGAUGGGACUCUACUCUACGCCUCCUCUCUCUUCCAGGGCAGCGUCCCCCCGGUCAUGGCGUUUCACCUCGGAUCGCUGGGUUUCUUGACGCCCUUCAAAUUUGAGUCUUACAAAACCGAAGUGGCGAAAGUGUUUGAAGGCAACGCAGCCAUCACUCUGCGCAGUCGUCUCAAAGUGAAGGUGGUGAAGGACAUGCUUCAGAGGACAGGCCAGCAGCAGCAUGAACACAAUGGACUGCUUCCUCAUGGACACGCCAACAACGAGGCGGGAAAGGUCACCCUGCAGCUACAGGUGUUGAAUGAGGUGGUGGUGGAUCGAGGCCCGUCCUCCUACCUGUCCAAUGUGGACUUGUACCUCGACGGGCGGCUCAUCACCUCUGUGCAGGGAGACGGUGUGAUUGUGUCCACGCCUACCGGCAGCACGGCCUAUGCAGCCGCAGCGGGAGCCUCCAUGAUCCACCCCAAUGUCCCCGCCAUCAUGGUCACCCCCAUCUGCCCACACUCGCUCUCCUUCAGGCCCAUCGUGGUGCCGGCUGGGGUGGAGCUCAUGAUCACCUUGUCCCCUGAUGCCAGGAACACCGCCUGGGUGUCGUUUGACGGCAGGAAGAGACAGGAGAUCCAGCACGGAGACUGCAUCAAAAUCACGACGUCCUGUUACCCGGUGCCCUCCAUCUGCUGCCACGACCUAGUGUACGACUGGUUCGAAAGCCUGGCUCAGUGUUUGCACUGGAACGUACGCAAGAGGCAGGAGCGACUGACCGACGUCUCCGACUCCUCAGACACCGAAAACUGACCCAGCGGGUGCUUUUUCUGCAGCUUUGACACAAACCCUGGACUGAACGUGUCUGCAGCCAAAUGAGUAUUUAGCCGAUGAGUUCUCAUAGAAAGGGUGUCAUGACAUUGCACCUUCAGUAUUUUACUGGGGGGAAAAGCAUGAUGCCCCAAAAUAGAAGGAAAAUAAAUUGCAUGAAUGUGUGUGUAACAUAAGGGUGUUAAACUUAAUCAUAUACUCUAUGGGGGAAAAAAACUUAAUGUAUAUUUGUACAUACAACCGUCAAGGAUAAAAAAUAUUUAAUGUCCUAUUUAGACAAAUGCAAACUGAAUCGAGUCAGCCAGAAGAUACUUUAGAUUAUUCUGUAAAAAGAUCCAGCACAGUGUCUCCUGUGUGUACGUCCCAAGAGAAGAGAAAAUAUUUAUUCAAUUUCUUUAAUUCCAAAAGUCAGUUUGCAUGAUGUAGAACAAACCAAAACAGAACAAGUUGGAGAAACUUCCAGCAGCCUUGUUGUUAAACUGUCAAUGUGAUUGGAAGUAAAAUAACGUUUGAAUACUCGC